CUCUCUCUCUUCACAUUGAAAACACACAGACCUCGCAGGAGAGAAAAAAAAGGCAAAGACCAAAAAGAAGAGAGAGAGAGAGAGGAAGAAAGAUCCGAAAAUAAAACUAACUUCCUCUGAAAAUAUCUCACAUUCUGAGCAAAGAGAGAAAAAAAAGGAAGAAACUUUCGAAUCUGUCUUUGUUUUGUUGUUGAAUCAUCGUGAUCGUCGUCGUCUUUUUCCUUACAUGCGACUCAUGUCAGACACUCACCAUGUUCAGAGCUCUACUGGGUCGGUUCGAUCUUCCCAAAAAAUCGAAGAUGCUUUUAGGAAGAUGAAAGUUAAUGAUGGAAACGGAGUGGAGCAAUCUGAUCCGUAUCCAGAUCGUCCCGGUGAAAGAGAUUGCCAGUUCUAUCUGAGAACUGGUCUCUGUGGCUAUGGAAGCACUUGCCGUUACAAUCAUCCUACUAACCUUCCACAGGUUAUGUACUACAACGAGGAGCUCCCGGAGAGGAUUGGCCAGCCGGACUGUGAGUAUUAUCUCAAGACAGGAGCUUGUAAGUACGGUUCAACUUGUAAAUACCAUCACCCAAAGGACAGGAAUGGAGCAGAACCUGUCUUGUUCAAUGUUCUCAACUUACCAAUGCGUCAGGGUGAGAAGCCAUGUCCAUACUACCUGCGAACGGGAACCUGCAGAUUCGGAGUCGCUUGCAAAUUCCACCAUCCUCAACCUGAUAAUGGACACUCUACUGCUGCUGCUGCUGCAUAUGGGAUGUCUACUUUUCCUUCUGUUGGUUUACAUCACGCUGGUGGAUUAACAAUGGUGCCUACUUAUGGAACUCUGCCUCGUCCUCAACUUCCUCAGUCCUAUGUGAUGGUUUCACCUUCUCAAGGCCUCUUGCCUCCUCAGAGCUGGACCACUUACAUGGGUGCAUCUAACUCAAUGUAUGGUGUGAAGAAUCAAGUUUAUUACUCUGGUUCUAGUGCACCAAUGCCUAUGGGUGUGACAUUGAAUGGUGGUGAUUUGUCUGAAAGAUCUGAACAACAACAACAACAACAAUGUCGGUUUUUUAUGAACACUGGGACGUGUAAGUAUGGAGAACACUGCAAAUACACUCACCUUGGAGUAAGAGUUUCACCGCCACCACCUCCACCAAGUUUCAUAAACCCUUUUGUUCUCCCAGAGAGACCUGGACAACCACCUUGUGGGAGCUUUAAGUCUUAUGGAUUCUGCAAGUUUGGACCAAACUGCAACUUCGACCACUCGGUGCUGCCAUAUCCAACAGGAUUGCCCAUGCCUUCGUCUGUGGCUAGUCCUUAUCCUUCACAUGUUUCAUCCAAUUAUCAGAGGAUCUCACCAGCGCCAAGCCGCUCUGGCUCAAAGGCUAUGCCUAAUGAUAAGCCUGAUGUCAAGAAGGAAAUGCCAGGGACUGAGAAACCGGAACAAGUGCAGGACUUGUCAUCACAUCACCACGAUCAUGAUUCAUGAUCACAGCAACGAAAAUCAUCAACAAUAUGGCUUGACCUCCCCCCCCAACUCUCAGGCUUCUAAAGAUCUCUCUGCCCUUUUUUUUGUUAAUUUUUUUGGUGGAAGAGGAAUGGAGGUUGAAAGUGUUUCUUUUUCUUUUUUUUAUUUUGGAUGAUUGUCAUGGAUGAAAACAACAUAGGACGAAACCUUUUUUUUUGGUGGUAUGUAUGGGUUUUGAACAACAAAACGAUGGGUCUCUUAAAACAGAAAACGAAACAAGAUAAAAUAGUAAAACUAGUCCAAGAACUAGACUCAUUUAUCGAAUCAAUUCUUGCUUGCUGCAUCCUUCCUCAACGUCAACCUGAAACAAGAAAAUAUUUAGCCAAGUGAAAAAAGACUCGAGAACUAUCUAAAAGCAACCACAAGGG